UGGGUUGUAGUUUGUAUUUACAUCCCAUAAUAUGGGUUAACAAAGAACCAUUGAGGGAAUAAUGGUGGAUUUUUAGCGGGAAAUUAACUGCAUUUUUAAGCAGUUCAUGCUGUUCCGCAAACACUUGGACCAAUGAAAUACAAGCCUGGCCACGUUUUCAUUGAUCUGUUGAGACAUGUUCAUGCAAAGAUUAGCGUCCAAAGGUGAAGAGUAGGGAGAAUAUAAAUAUUAAUCAGAAAUGUUAAAAUACUUUGCUGUGAUCAUUGAAUAAUUUCCCGUUGUCUGUAACUAUUUUUCAAAAUAUUUUAAAUAUUUUAUUGCCGUUUUAGAGAUUAUAUAAAGACUAAAGGAAAUACGUGUUAUUAACAUUAUUUAUUUUUAAAAACAUUUUGACAUUGAACUGAUCAUAUUUUCAUUAAUAUUGACUGGUGACCAUUUGGUAAAUUCUCCCCAUGUGAGCAUCUCUUUUAUGAGUGAGUACUUAUCUCGCUGAAAGCUGCACGAUUUACUCUUCGUCUCCUGUAGAAACUCUUCAGUGUUAAGUAUUUCUUGUUGCUUUUAAUCUCCAUAAAAUGGAGCAACCUUUACAAGUCAGGCAAGGCGUAGUAAAACGAAAAAGAAAACGCAGACGUCGAUGCAAAAGGCAUCCUCAAGAAGGUCCACAUUCGCCAACAUGUCGUGGGAAGAAGACAUCUGAUGUUACAAACGGUCCUGCUUUGGUAAAUUUAUGCUUUAUUUCUCUGAAUUUAUCAACAUACUAACAAACACCUUAUUUUUUUCGUGCUUAUUCAAGAAAAUUCUAAGAAAGCGUUUAAAUAUCCAAGUUUUAUCCUUUAAAAUGUCCAACAUUUUAUAGUACAUCAUGGAACAACUGAUAGUCAUAGUGUAAAAAAGUCGUUUAGUUUCAUAGGAUCUUACAGUAAUGAUUUUAAAGAUUAUAACAGCACGUGCCAAUUUGUAGAACGUAUCAAUUCUAUCGUAACCAACUUGCUAUAGCCCAAAUUCUGUAUACUUCGCUCAGUCUUCAGUUGUAAAACCAAGCAAUGCAUGGGACUAUACUAUUUUGUAUAUAAACCACCAGCAUAAAUGCUGUAUAGUAUAAAUGCUGUAUACCAUGUUAGUUUUUUAUAACUAGAAUCUAAAUUGGCCCCAGACUAACAAUGAUUUACCCAAUGUUAUUAAAUUUAUUGGCCCUAAUUUGGAUAUAACGAUCGUUUACCCAAAUGUUAUUGAAAUUUGAAUCUGGGUACCAUACGUUUGGGUUCCCAUCUACCUCUCUCGUUACAACUAGUCUAGUACUGCAUGAGUGAUGUAGAUGAAACCAUUGCCUACCAUAUAAUCCAAUGAAUGUGCAACUUUAGCCCAUAAAAUUGCAAAGAUUAGACUUCAGUAGUGACUAUUUAACUAAUUGUGAGUCGUAUGCCAGACCAAUGAGACAAUUUUACUCUCGAUCUGACAACUUCUUUGUGUAUUAUAUAUAUUCUAGAGAACUGACAGUUAGUCUUUUUGCAUUAUUAGGUAAGGAUAUUGCCACAAUUAAAGCCAGUUUUAGAUUUUCUUGAUGUAAAGGGUGAUGUUUUUACAAGAGCUCAGGUAAAUCUGGUGCAACGGCUGCAGAUAAUCUGCUCCUUUGUAGGUCUUCACAUAAACAUUUAUAUCAUUUUUACUCAAUUCCACCCACAAAAACUGUUUACAAUGUCUUUAGUGUAUUUGCUACUUGAACAAAUUCAUUUGUGUAAAUCACGCAUUCCUUUGAAGAACUCGGACAAAAGUCACCCUCAAAGUCACCUAGACUUUCAAAUCGGCUAAUAGAGUGCUUAAUUAAGUGAUAUUUUUUACAGCGGGCACAUCGCAAGUACAUAUUUAGCUCUUUAUUAUGAUGGUGCCAAGCAGUACAUUCUUCCUUGACGAAAGCCAAAAAGACGUUGCAGUCCAUCACAGAAUAAGCUCUCUGUGCAGACUGGUGACAACAGGCCAUUGCUAGUAUAUUGGGC